AUGCUAUGGGAAGCCUUGGGUACAGAACCUGAUGAUUUCAUGGUGCUUUGUGACUCUUUGAUCAACCCUAAGGGGCGGUUCUGGAACACGUACACCAGUCGGGCUCCACCGAGAGACAGGAACCUCCCCAACAUACGAAUAUCUUUGAAUGAUUUCAUGGCGGAGAUGAAUAAGUGGCCGCCAACGGACCACAACCUGGUUCACAGUAGUAUUCUGAGCAGCCUGACGCAUUACCGUGUCUUGCUACAAAGACUCAACCUAGAGGAUUUAUGGUUUAUCAGGCUUCCGAAAGCCCAAAGCGCCUACCCACUGGAACUCGGGCUCAUGGUAUAUAUGGAAGAGCAAUGGGAAAAGCUGGCAUGGGUCUACCUGGACGCUGCGAUCUCAGACAUGCCCGAGAUGGCUGACCCAAAGGAAGAUUCCUCAAGCUCAGAUUUUAUCGAACGGUUGCAAAACGACAAGGUUAAGGAUCAUGAUGAGAACAAGGAGAUGACUCGCGCUGUCCAUGUACUGUUUGCCACUGCUGGCACGGGCAAGACUCGUCAGAUAUUUGAACUCUUGCAGCGACACUGGGGAUUCUACAUGCUGUCCCCAAAUCUUGAGCCAACAAAGAUUACUUCCACCGAGAAAAAAGGGCGAGAAGGCAGCGAUAUUCUGGGUGCACAGAGAUACGCCGCGUCUAGGGAUACUUACACCAUGUUUGAGCACCAUCCUCAGAUUGACCCGAAUUGGGAUCCUGAAGACGUCAACGUGUUUCAGCCAAUCAUAGUUGCUCGGAAUGCCCUACUUUGCGAGUUUCUACUUCGCCGCCCCUCAGCAACGCCAACCGAGUGGCUCUGGCUGCAGAUAUCAUGUGCUGCAUUUGACCCGUUUGACGCCUUGUACAGGCUCUUCCGGCUCGCCGAUACAGGGUACCUGGGAAUAGACGCUGAAACCUUUCUCGACGCAGAAAUACCCGGACAUUUGGUACCAAGGUGUUAUUCGCUUCUCGAAGAGCGAUUUUGGAAGCCUUCUGGGCUUCCAUUAUGUUACUGUAUUGACGAGGCCCAGACGACCAUUGACAACCCCCAAGCCUCCGCAAUGUUUGGCCACUUGUACAACUCUCUGACCUAUUUUUACGCUCUAUCAAGAGAUGAACCGCUUGCUGCUAGAGUGGUUCCGGGGAAGCAACAGUCUGAUCAGGAUGAGGGUGAUUCUACAGGCCAAGACGCACCAUGGCAGAUGGGUGACGAUAUGCCAACCAUCAACCCGAUUCUACUGAUUUCAGGAACUUCUCUCAAUCUGGAGAAGCUGAGAGAAAUGCUUGCCCACUUUCUCACAGGUUCUUGGGGUGUCGAUGAGCCUCCUGUGGACUGUUGGGAAUCAUAUCUUGUACACAACAUGUUUCCACUGGUGUCUUCUGACGAAGAGUUCUGGAGCCUUUACCAGAAACAUUUGGCUGAUACGAUAUCGGAAAUUUCAAGGACUCAAGGCUCAGCGGAUGCCCACAGGGCGUCUCGACUGCCCCUCUUGAGUCGAAGCGGCCGACCGCUACCGGGCUCGAGCUUGCGCAAGUUCACAAAUGGCUCCAGAAACCAUUGGACGUCGCUCCAUUACUAG